GCUUUGUGAGAAAUGGUAGCAUUUAUCACUGGUAGUUAUUUAGUACAGUCUCCUUCGAUAUUCCGCCGGAGCACAACUACAAGACUAGCCUUUCGCCAUUCUAUUCCUCAGGCUAGGAGCAUGAAGAAUUCCAAAUAUAUCAGUAUGAAGACGGAAACAACUGAACAGAAAGAGUCUCCUUAUAAAAAGUUGGAAGAGAAUGUGCAAGCAAAGAAGAAUGCCGAGUAUCGAGGUCCUCAAGGGUUUACUCCUUAUGCUGAAACUGUCAAUGGGCGUCUCGCUAUGAUAGGAUUCUUUUCUAUGAUCGUCGCCGAACUUUUUAAUCCUUCUCAUCCAUCCUUGUUGAAACAAAUGGAAAUCAUCUUUCCAUUUGAUAAACUUCCUUUUAUUGGAAAUAUUUUGGGUUGAGAAAGGAAUCAUUUGGUAAACCUGUACAUGUUGUAUAUGCUAUUGGGAGAGAAGGGA